CAGAGCUCGCCUCUCGGACAGACAGCCUUCCUUCACACAUCUCUGCUGGUAUAUCAGAGUAAAAAUGUCAGACAACGAAGAAGUGGAGGAAUACGAGGAGCAGGAGGAGGCUCAUGAGGAGGAAGCAGGAGAAGAGGAAGAGACCACUCAGGAACAUGAUGGUGAAGAAGACACCGAAGAUGGAGGAGAAGAGGCGAAACCCAAAUUCCUAAAACCAUUUAUGUUGCCGAACCUGGUGCCCCCAAAGAUUCCAGAUGGAGAAAGAGUUGAUUUUGAUGAUAUCCAUCGUAAACGUAUGGAGAAAGACCUGAAUGAGCUCCAGACACUGAUUGAAGCUCACUUUGAAAGCCGUAAGAAGGAGGAGGAGGAACUCAUCAGUCUUAAAGAUAGGAUUGAGAAGCGGCGCUCCGAGCGAGCAGAGCAGCAGAGGAUCCGCAGCGAACGUGAGAGGGAACGACAGAAGCGUUUGGAGGAGGAAAGAGCUCGCAAGGAGGAAGAGGAAGCCAAAAAGAGAGCGGAGGACGACGCCAAGAAGAAGAAGACGCUCACCAGUCUGCACUUCGGUGGUUACAUUCAGAAGAUAGAGAGACGGAGUGGAAAGAAACAGACUGAGAGAGAGAAGAAGAAGAAGAUUCUUAGUGAUCGCCGCAAACCUUUGGACAUCGACAAUGCCAGCGACUCUGCUCUCAGGGAGAAAGCAAAGGAACUGUGGAGCUGGAUGCGUCAACUAGAAGCAGAGAAGUUUGAGUUACAGUACCAGUUUACCAAACAGAAAUAUGAGAUUAAUGUCCUGAGGAACAGAGUCAGUGACCACCAGAAAACGUCAAAGAGAACCAAGAGGGGCCUCAGGAAGUGAAUGCUGUGUGGCAAGACAAAGUCGACUCCGCACAAACCCACAGAGAUCAUGUCCAGGAGAGCUGCGUAUACUACUUUACAGAUUCUGUUGCUUUUAUUUAGUCCUCACUGAAUAAACACUUUAGAUUUUGACUGAACAACUGAACAAAACGAAUAAAAAUGACAAAAUGAAGUAGCAAAAAUGAUUUUGUUAACUUGUGUAGGCCUACACAACUUUUAAUAAAAAUUGCAUACAUGCAUGAGUGAAACAAAAUAUUCAACAAGAUAUAAUGUAGGCCGGACUUGAUUGUAUCCAUCAGCAAUUCAUCAAAUGUGUGUGUGUGUAUUUUGAAUGACAGUGUAUACCUAUAUAGGGUACGGGUGCUGUCCGACUGAACGAUUCUGACCGCAGUGGUGGACCGUUUGGACCAAAAAAUGUCCAGUCCAGCCCUACUCCAUAUAACGUACAACAUAACCACUCACUACAUGAGCUUCACGUUGUACGUUAAAUUCAGUUAAGUGCUGCCCAAUAUUCUUACUCUUAUUCCAUGGUCUGUCUGAAUACUGGAUUCUGAUUGGCUGGCG